AUGAGCCCCCAGAGGCUCCAGCAAACCUACCUGUGCUAUGAGGUGGACCUCCUGGAUGGUGACACAUGGGUCCCACUGAAUGAGCUCAAGGGCUUCGUGCGUAACCAGCCCAGGCUAUGCCGCCACGCAGAGCUGUGCUUCCUGGACCUGCUGAAUUCCUGGCAGCUGGACCCUGCCCUGCGCUACAGAGUCACCUGGUUCUUCACCUAGAGCCCCUGCUGAAACUGUGCCCAGGAAGUGGCUGCAUUUCUGGGAUGGAACAGCCACGUGCACCUGCGCAUCUUCGCUGCCCGCAUCUAUGAUCGGCCCCCAGGAUAUGAGCAGGGGCUGCGCACACUGCAGGGGGCUGGGGCGCAGAUCGGCAUCAUGAACUUCGAGGGGUUUAGGCACUGCUGGGACACCUUUGUGCACCACCGGGGAAGGCCCUUUCAGCCCUGGUCUGGGCUGCAUGAACACAGGCGAGCACUGUGGAGGAGGCUGCGGGACAUUCUGCAGAGAAAGGAAGAGUCGCGCGUCUCUCACUUGCAAUCACAGCCAGAGAUGCAGAAGCCCAGGGAGGAAGGCGUCUCGAAAGCCAAGGUGGGCUGGAAGCUCGGGCCUGCACCCAGCAGGCUGAGCGGGCUGAGGAAGCUGCGGAAGAAAAGUCUGAAGCUAGCGGAGGAGGGUCCACGAGGUUUAAGAAAAGCAGCCGGCUCCGUCCCAGCAGAGCGCGAGGUGCAGCAGCAGGUGCUGAUGCGGGGCUGCAGCCAGUGA